AUCCUGUCUUGGUGGCUCGUUCAUCCUUAGAUUGGAUGCCAAGCAGAGUCAAUUCCCUUUACUCCGAUGUAGGCGCUUGGAGUGGAAAGUUUAGACCAGUGAUGGAUGAAAUAGAAUCUGAUGAAGCCCUUAGAUUCUAUCAGUUUUUAAAUUAUUUAGACGGAGGAAGUUUUGGAACUGGUCCGAUAGACGAAUUUGUAGACGCAAUGAAUAGACUGGCUACAUACAUGAAGCAACAAAACAGUCGUGAAACACAAGUGAGGGGUAUGCGAGAAUUAGAAGCGAUAAACGGGGAGAAAGGCAAUAGUAUUAAAACUGUGUUAGAAGUCAGCACAGUUAUUAUGAGAAAAAAGCGCAAGUUCUUCUGUACCGGCGAAGUUAAAGAACCGAUUGUCAAUAACAAAAUAAUAUGCAAGGAUAGAAUAUUGCUUCCGAUCGCGGGUACAUCUUGUAGGGAUGCUAUAAUGUAUUGGCAUCCGAGUUUGACUGAAGAGCAUUACUGCGUUGGCGCAUUAGAGUCUAGAAGUCCAGUUCACAUUAUGGAUAUUGAAGGGGAAAUGUUUUGCAAAGGAGACGAUUAUUCGAAGCGCGAAUAUUUAUUGGCAUGUGACUUUUACGAGGACCAAGAGGCUCCAGUGGCCGAUUUACUGCAGUAUUAUCCCGAUCCCGAUCCAGAAAUAUCACCUAAGCUAUUUAAAUAAUGAAAAUAUUUUACC